UGGCUGCUAUACUGUUGCCUUCCAUGUCUUGAAGAUAUUUUAAAACCAAAGUAUUUCAGAUAUUUAGCCUUAUAUUCUCAAGCAGUUUUUAUCCUGAACAAUACAUCAAUCUCCGAAACUGACUUGAUUAUAGCGAAAGCUUUCUUAAGACAGUUUUCCCACGGAUUGUCCAUGUAUGGAGAAAGAAGCUAUAUAUGUACUUAUAACAUGCAUAUAGCAGGACACUCACCUGAUUCUUUGUUCAAUUGGGAACCAUCAUGGGCAUACUCCACUUUCCCGUUCGAAAGUUUUUGCGCAAAAUUAAAGGACAGCGUCAUAAGUCCGACUAGCUGAGCUGAGUGAAACAGUGCGGUUUAUGGCUAGAAGUGUCGUCAAAGUUUUAAGAAAUAAUACCAGUCUGUUAGCGAAGUAUGGGGUAAAGAAGCCAACUUUGGAUGUCCCAACAAGGUGGAACUCAACGGCAGACAUGUUGUCGUCUCUUCUUUUGGCUAAAUCUGUAUGCCGAAAAUUUUCGAAAGAAAAACCAUCACUGAAGCUCAGCGAUAUGGACUGGAAGAAUAUUGAAGAUUGCCUCACAGCAUUACUACCGUGCAAGAAAGCAACCCUGAAGAUGCAAAAUGAAAAUCUUUUUCCAGGAGACUUCUUCGGAAUCUGGAGAGAAUGCAAACUUCUCACAGAGCGAGUAAAAAACAACCUUGCCACAAAACUCGUGGAUAAAAUUGAGGAGAGAGAGAAUGAUCUCUUAAAAAAUGAGGCUCUGAUUGCCUCCAUGUUUUUGGAUCCUCGAUAUUUGACUUUUUUAGAGGAAGAAGAUUGUAGACUGGCAAAGCAAGUUUUAUUAAAAAUAUGGGAUGUUAUCGAAGCUUCGAAUGUAAAUAUGACUCCGACCACUGAAAGAUCAAGACAAGAAACUCCUGAAGUAGAAGACGAGUUGUUGGUUGACCACAAUAUUACAAAUAUUGUCGAUCAGGAGAGAAUAAGGAGGGAUGCAGAAAGGCAAAAAUGAUUCUCCAAUGUAUCUAGUUUAAACCAGAUAUUGGACGAAUUCGAGAAAACGCCUGCUUCAGA